AUGACUCUUUUUUCUGUUUUCCUCUAUGUUCUUGGUCAUCAGAGAGCAAUCGUUAACAAGGCCAUGAUUGAUAGGUGGUUCGCAGGAUUAUUCGAUUAUCUGGCAAAAGAAGUACCCGAUCAUGAGGUUCUUAAAAAUGACCCGCGUCGCAUAUUCAAUGCGGACGAGAGUGGUUUCCCUCUCUGUUUCAAAACGGGAAAGGUUCUUGCCGAAAAAGGUGCUCGUAACGUAUAUAAUGUAACAACCAGCAACAAAACACAACUCACGGUCAUGGUUUGUUUUAACGCUUUUGGCGACUAUGUUCCGCCAUUGAUUGUAUUUCCAGGCGAACGGCUGCGAGACACUGGUAUUUAUCAGUUUCCAGAUGCUAUUUAUGGCAACAGCGCGAAUGGCUGGAUGGACACAGACUUAUUUGUUGCAUUCCUGCAACACUUCUCUGCUUUUAUUGAUGCUAAGUGUAUCAAUAAACCAGUUCUCUUGUUUGUGAACGGACACUCCACGCACAUAUCUCGUGCUGCAGCAACAUUCUGCGCUAACAGCGGGAUAAUAUUAUAUUGUCUUCUGCCAAACGCGACGCAUAUUUUGCAACCAUGCGAUGUCGGUUUCUUCUCACCUAUGAAAUCGUCGUGGAAAAGGCAGGUUAAACUUUGGCAACUUAACCACAUCGGAGAAGCGCUAACGAAAAAGAGAAUUUCCCGGGAGUGUUCAAAUCCGCGUGGGACUCUGUCACCACUUUUGACAAUGCUGCCCAUGGUUUUCGACGUUCCGGAUUAUUUCCGUUGA